CCAGGUCCACUGCCUGGCCUCCAGGCUUUGGUAGGUGCUGUCGUAUCUAGGGCUCACCUGUUACCAGGUUGUGUGUGCCAGCCACCUGUAGCCUCUAUUGUGUUCUGGGAGCAUUGUCAGGAAGGGAAGCAUUGGCUGCCACAGCCUCCCAGAGGCAGCCCCAAACUCUGACACUAUUACUUUGACUGCUUGUAAUAAGUACAGGCCAAGGUCAGGGUCAGUGUGCUCUGACUGCUUUCCUCCAGGGCUGGGUUCUGGGCGUGGUUGUGUCUGUCCUGAGGCCUCCAGAGGACCUGCUGCCUAGAACUGUGUGCUUUGGGGUCUGCCAUCUCUGUGCUGGGACAGGCAGGGAACGGGCUAUCUGAGGUGCCAGCCGGCAGCUGCCUGUCCCCAGCAUGACAGCAGAGAGUGAACAUCAGGCUAGAGGCAAAUUCUAGAGAAGAAUGGGCUCCUAGGCCUUGGAGCUGUGCUCCAUGCCACCUGUGAGUGCCUGGGAGGGUGUGUAGUUGGCCUGGGCUGUCCUCGGUGAGCAGGCAGCCUCUUGUCUCCCUGUGCCUCUGCUUUCCUCACAGGCAAACGUUGUGUGUGUGGUAUAUGAUGUCUCCGAGGAGGCCACGAUUGAGAAGAUCCGAACCAAGUGGAUCCCGCUGGUGAAUGGGAGGACUGAGAAAGGGUCCAGGGUGCCCAUCAUCCUGGUGGGCAACAAGUCAGACCUGCGGCCAGGGAGCUCCGUGGAAGCUGUGCUUCCCAUCAUGAACCAGUUUCCCGAGAUUGAGACCUGUGUGGAGGUAAGUGGGCAGGGUAUGGCUCUAGCUGGGAAAUCUAUGGUGAGACCCCUGUCCUGUGUCUUCCUCAGCCUAUCCUGCCUUCCCCAGUGUUCAGCCAAGAACCUGAGGAACAUCUCAGAACUGUUUUACUAUGCUCAGAAGGCUGUCCUGCACCCCACAGCACCCCUCUAUGACCCAGAAACCAAGCAGUUGAAGCCCGCGUGUGCCCAGGCCCUCACGCGCAUCUUCAGGCUCUCAGAUCAGGACCUGGACCAGACACUCAGUGACGAGGAACUUAAUGCCUUCCAGAAAGCCUGUUUUGGGCACCCGCUGGCGCCGCAGGCACUGGAGGAUGUAAAGAUGGUGGUGCGCAAGAACGUGGUGGGCGGUGUGCAGGAUGACCGGCUGACCCUAGAUGGCUUCCUCUUCCUGAAUACCCUCUUCAUCCAACGGGGCCGGCAUGAGACCACAUGGACCAUCCUGCGGUGUUUUGGCUACAGCGAUACACUUGAGCUUACAACCGACUACCUUUUCCCACCGCUCCACGUGCCCCCUGGCUGUAGCACAGAGCUCAACCACCUGGGCUACCAGUUUGUGCAGAGAGUAUUUGAGAAGCAUGACCAGGACUGUGAUGGUGCCCUCUCACCCACGGAGCUGCAGAGCCUCUUCAGCGUGUUCCCUGUGGCCCCCUGGGGCCCUGAGCUCCUGCGCACGGUGUGCACCGAGUCCGGCCGGCUGUCCCUACAUGGGUACCUUUGCCAGUGGACGCUGGUGACCUACCUGGAUGUCCAGCGCUGCCUGGGGCACCUUGGCUACCUGGGCUACCCCACCCUCUGCGAGGAGGACUCUCAAGCCCGGGCCAUCACAGUCACUCGUGAGAAAAGGCUGGACCAGGAGAAGGGGCAGACACAGCGGAGUGUUCUCAUGUGCAAGGUGGUGGGGGCCCCAGGAGUGGGCAAGUCUGCCUUCCUGCAAGCCUUCCUUGGCCACAGUCUGGGGCACCAGGAUGACAUAGAGUCCCCAGAGGCCCCUUCCAACUAUGCCAUCAACACUGUGCAGGUCAAUGGACAGCAGAAGUACCUGAUUCUAUGUGAGAUGGGCACAGACAGCUUGCUGGCCACCUUGCCGGAUGCUGCCUGCGAUGUUGCCUGCUUAAUGUUUGAUGGCAGUGACCCAGAGUCCUUUUUGUACUGCGCUGAUGUCUACAAGCGUCAUUACAUGGAUGGGCAGACGCCCUGCCUCUUCCUCUGCUCCAAAGCUGACCUGCCCGAAGGUGUUGCGCUGUAUGGCCCUUCACCAGCUGAGUUCUGCCGCAGGCACCGUCUGCCCACACCCAUCCCGUUCUCCUGCGCCGGCCCAGAGGAGCCCAGCACUGCCAUCUUCACCCAGCUUGCCACCAUGGCUACCUUCCCACACUUGGCCCGAGCAGAGAUGUGUCCGACGUCCUUCUGGCUCCGGGGAAUUCUGGGGCUCUUUGGGGCCGCCAUGGCUGCAGUGCUUAGCUUCUCCCUCUAUAGGGUCCUGGUGAAGAGCCGAUGAAGUUCCUGAGACCUUGAGCCCCUCCCUUGACCUGGGCAGGGUUCCCUUCAAGACAGCGCAAUGUGAAAUGCAAGCUCCUAGCUGAGCAGUCUGACCACAGGGCCCUCAAAGGGACUGUCUUCCUUAACUUCUGAAGAUAGUCACCUGCCCCUGCGCAGGGCCCUCCAUCCUCCUGUAAAGGGCCCUCCAUCUUCCUGUAAAGUUCCCUGGCUCCUGCCCAAGGCCCAGGUGUGCCAUAUGCCACCACAGCCACAGGCACUGCCUUCCUUUGUGGGUUUCAUGUGUGUUGGGCUGGGGACCACAGGUGACCUCAGACUCAGAAUUCUCAGGGCUCCGCCUCUUUGCUGGUCCUGGGUAGCUAGUGGAUGUGAGAGGCUGGAAGGCAGAAUUUGGGGCCAAAGGUGGGGGUGGGCAGCACCCUCUUGUCCAGUUGGGAACCUUUCCACAGUGGCGCCCACAGUGGCAGACAAAGUUGGGUUUCCUGAUUAAACUGUCUUUUCCAUCUCUCGGA